CUAAAAUUAGCGUCCCGGUCGGUCCCUCCCUCAAAACCCCGUCGAUCACCCUCUCAACCCUCAUUUCUAAACUCGCCGGCGAGCGGCUGAGAUUGAAAAGCAGAGAAUCAAGCGAUCAAACGACACCGUUCUGCUCACUCCGUCCACACUUCAUUCUGUCUGCAACAGAAAUCGGUGCGAAGGAUAGUUUGGGACACAUACAUACGCUUACAGGGGAUACAGAUAACUAUCUUUAGGCAUUUGUACUGGGUGUGGAUUUGAGAAGAUAUAUACGUAUCGAUAGAUUUUUGCAAUGUCGGAGGAUGAUAAGUUGUUGAAGGAGGCGAAGAAGCUUCCAUGGGAUGACCGGUUGUUGCACAAGAAUUGGAAGGUCCGGAACGACGCCAACAUCGACCUAGCUUCCGUGUUUGAUUCCAUCACCGAUCCCAAGGAUCCCCGAAUACGUGAAUUUGGACCGUAUUUUAAGAAGAUGGUGGCCGAUUCAAAUGCGCCAGUUCAAGAGAAGGCACUUGAUGCGCUAAUUUCUUACUUGAAAGUAGCUGAUGCUGAUGCUGGAAGGUACGCUAAAGAAGUAUGCGAUGCAAUUGUAGCAAAAUGCUUGACGGGGAGACCAAAGACAGUAGAGAAGGCACAGGCAAUCUUUAUGCUUUGGGUAGAGUUAGAGGCUGUUGAAUCAUUCUUGGAUGCUAUGGAGAAAGCAAUAAAAAACAGAGUUGCCAAAGCUGUUGUACCCGCAGUAGAUGUCAUGUUUCAGGCCUUGAGUGAAUUUGGCUCAAAGGUUAUCCCACCAAAGAGAAUAUUGAAGAUGCUUCCUGAACUGUUUGAUCAUCAGGAUCAGAAUGUCCGAGCUUGUUCUAAGGGCCUAACACUGGAACUCUGUCGAUGGAUUGGGAAAGAUCCAGUGAAAUCCAUACUUUUUGAAAAAAUGCGUGACACAAUGAAAAAAGAAUUGGAGGCUGAGCUUGUUAAUGUUACUGGGACCGCAAAGCCAACCCGCAAAAUAAGAUCUGAGCAAGAUAAAUUGCCAGAACAGGAUGCUGUGCCCGAGAUAGCUUGCUCUGGCCCUUCUGAAGAACCAGCGGCUGACACUCCGCAGGAAAUAGAUGAAUAUGAACUUGUAGAUCCUGUUGAUAUUUUGACUCCUCUGGAAAAGUCUGGAUUUUGGGAAGGGGUGAAAGCUGCUAAGUGGUCAGAACGAAAGGAUGCUGUUGCUGAGUUAACAAAGCUUUCUUCGACAAAGAGAAUAGCACCUGGUGAUUUUUCAGAAAUUUGCCGCACAUUGAAGAAGCUUAUCACUGAUGUGAACAUUGCUGUAGCUGUUGAAGCCAUACAAGCAAUUGGGAAUCUUGCUAGAGGACUAAGAACCCAUUUCUCAGGGAGCUCACGGUUCUUACUGCCUAUUUUACUGGAAAAAUUGAAAGAGAAAAAGCCUACUUUAUCAGAGUCACUUACUCAAACACUCCAGGCAAUGCACAAGUCUGGCUGUUUAAAUCUCUCAGAUAUAGUUGAAGAUAUUAAGGCAGCCACAAAGAAUAAGGUUCCUCUAGUUCGAUCUUUGACAUUGAAUUGGGUGACACUUUGUAUUGAAACUAGCAGCAAGGCUAUUAUUCUUAAAGUUCACAAGGAGUAUGUUCCCAUUUGUAUGGAGUGCCUGAACGAUGGAACACCAGAGGUUAGAGAUGCUGCAUUUUCAGCUUUGUCAGCUAUCGCAAAGUUGGUUGGCAUGAGACCUUUAGAAAAAUCACUUGAGAAACUCGAUGAUGUCAGAAAGAAGAAGCUUUCUGAAAUGAUUGUUGGGAGUGGUGGUGAAUCUGAUGGUAGCUCAGUUGCAGUGCCAUCUUUGGGAGCAAAUACCCCUUCCACCAUGGCAGCAGAUGGAUCAUUUGUUAGGAGGUCAGCUGCUAGUAUGCUUAGCGGGAAAAAAACUGUUCAGGCUGCUCCCAUCAAUAAGAAAGGAGUGCCUACAAAAUCUGGGGUUGCCAAAAAAGGGGAUGGAGGUGGCCAGUUAAAAGCUUCCAAGCCUGUCGAAAUUGAAGAUGUGGAGCCAGAAGAUUGGAGUCUCGAACAGAUAGAAAGCAAAUUAGGUUCCCUUAUACAGCCGGAUACAAUUUCUAUGUUGAAGAGUGCAGUGUGGAAAGAGAGGCUUGAAGCUAUUGUAUCGUUCAAAGAGCAAGUUGAAGCACUUCCAGAGCUUGAUCCAUCAGUAGAGAUUUUGAUUCGUUUGCUAUCUGCUGUGCCCGGAUGGAGUGAAAAAAAUGUGCAGGUCCAGCAACAUGUAAUUGAUGUUAUCACCCAUAUCGCUUCAACAGCAUCAAAGUUCCCCAAAAAAUGUGUUGUACUUUGCAUCCAAGGUAUCACUGAAAGAGUUGCUGACAUCAAGACACGUGGUCAAUCCAUGAAAUGCCUAACUACUUUCUGUGAAGCUGUUGGUCCGGGAUUUGUUUUUGAGAGGCUUGCCAAAAUCAUGAAAGAACAUAAGAAUCCUAAAGUUCUUAGUGAAGGCUUGUUGUGGAUGGUUACAGCAGUUGAGGAUUUUGGCGUUUCACAUCUAAAACUCAAGGAUUUAAUUGAAUUUUGCAAGGAUAUUGGCUUACAAUCCAGUGCUGCUGCCACUCGGAAUGCGACCAUUAAACUUAUUGGUGUUCUACACAAGUUUGUUGGCCCAGAUAUCAAGGGGUUCUUAUCGGAUGUAAAGCCGGCUCUUCUAAGUGCUCUUGAUGCAGAAUAUGAAAAAAAUCCAUUUGAGGGAGCAUCUUCUGUUCCUAAAAGGGUUGUGAAAGCAUCGGAUUCUGUAUCUGUGCCUAGUGGGGGGCUGGAUAGUCUGCCACGCGAAGAUAUUAGUGGAAAGAUUACCCCUGCUUUGCUCAAGGGCUUAGAAAGUUCUGACUGGAAGAUACGGUUGGAAUCCAUUGAAGGUGUAAAUAAAAUUUUAGAAGAGGCCAACAAGCGCAUUCAGCCUACUGGAACUGGAGAGCUUUUUGGUGCUCUUAGAGGCCGGCUCUAUGACAGCAAUAAGAAUUUAAUCAUGUCAACUUUAUCUACAAUUGGUGCGGUUGCAUCUGCUAUGGGGCCAGCAGUUGAGAAGUCAAGCAAGGGUAUUCUCUCAGACAUAUUAAAAUGUCUUGGUGACAAUAAGAAGCACAUGAGAGAGUGUGCUUUGAGCACACUAGAUGCAUGGCUAGCUGCAGUUCAUCUAGAUAAAAUGGUACCAUAUAUUACUGCCUCGUUAACAGAUACUAAAAUUGGUGCGGAGGGGCGUAAAGAUGUUUUUGAUUGGUUAUCAAAACAACUUGCUGGAAUGAAAGAAUUCCCUGAUGCCAUUUUGCUUCUUAAACCUGCUGCCUCUGCUAUGACGGACAAAUCAGCUGAUGUUCGGAAAGCGGCUGAAGUUUUCUUUGGUGAAAUCCUGAGAAUUUGCGGGCAAGAGAUGGUUACCAAGCAUUUGAGAGACAUUCAGGGACCUGCCUUAGCUAUCGUUGUUGAACGGCUUAGACCACAUGGGGGCAUACAAGAGUCAUUUGAAUCUGGAAAAACAAUAUCAACUGUGCCCCCCAUAAAAAACAGCUCAAAGCUGGGAAAAUCUAAUGCUUCUGCCCCUCGUCAUGGAAACAGAGUGGGUUCUUCGAGAGCUCUUCCUUUGAAGAGUUCUAGGCAGGAGCCCCUUAUGUCUGUUCAGGACAUCAGUUUACAGUCACAAGCUUUGAUAAAUAUCAAAGACUCAACUAAGGAUGAAAGAGAGAGAAUUGUGAUUCGCAGAUUUAAGUUUGAGGAACCACGUCUUGAACAGAUUCAAGAUCUUGAGAGUGAUUUGAUGAAGUUCUUCAGAGAAGAUUUUCAUAGGAGGCUUUUAAGUUCAGACUUCAAGAAGCAAGUUGAUGGGAUUGAAAUGUUACAAAAGGCACUGCCUUCUUUAGGAAAGGAAGUAGUUGAAGUUCUUGACAUACUGUUAAGGUGGUUUGUCUUGAGAUUCUGUGAAUCCAACACUGCAUGCCUACUGAAGGUGCUAGAAUGCCUUCCCGACCUUUUUGAUAUGCUCAAGAAUGAGGGCUGCACAAUGACGGAAGCUGAAGCAGCAAUCUUUCUUCCUUGCUUGGUUGAAAAGUCAGGUCAUAAUAUUGAAAAAGUACGAGAAAAAAUGCGGGAGCUGAUGAAAAAAAUUAUUCACACGUACUCUGCAUCAAAGACUUUUCCAUAUAUUUUAGAGGGCUUGCGUUCUAGAAACAAUCGUACACGGAUAGAAUGUGUUGACCUUGUUGGCUUCUUAUUAGAUAACCAUGGAGCAGAGAUUGGUGGACAGCUGAAAUCCUUGCAAAUUGUUUCCAGCUUAACUGCAGAGCGGGAUGGUGAGCUUCGGAAAGCUGCUUUGAAUACUCUAGCAACUGGCUAUAAAUUAUUAGGCGAUGACAUAUGGAGAUAUGUUGGAAAGCUAACAGAAGCUCAGAGAAGCAUGUUAGAUGAUAGAUUUAAGUGGAAGGCUCGAGAGAUGGAGAAGAGGAGGGAGGGAAAACCUGGGGAGUCUAGGCUUGCAAUGAGGCGUUCUGUGAGGGAUAUUGGGUCUGAUCUGGCAGAGCAGAGUGGUGAAGUAUCUAGGUCUAUCUCCGGCCCAAUAUUAAAUAGGGAGAAUUACAACCAAUCUGAGCUUCCCAUUGAAAGGCAUCCAAUACCUUUGCCAAUUUCUGGAACUAAUGGCCCCACAGACUGGAAUGAAGCCCUGGAUAUCAUAGCAUAUGGUUCGCCAGAGCAGUCCAUAGAAGGAAUGAAAGUUGUAUGCCAUGAGUUGGGACUAGCAAUGGAUGACCCCGAAGGCAGUGGUAUGGAUCAAAUAGUGAAAGAUGCAGAUAAACUUGUUUCAUGCUUAGCAAAUAAGGUAGCCAAAACUUUUGAGUUUAGUUUGAUGGGCGCCUCUUCAAGGUCAUGUAAAUAUGUUCUCAAUACACUUAUGCAGACUUUUCAAAACAAAAACCUUGCACAUGCUGCCAAAGAGAGCACCAUUACGAUACUCAUCACAGAGCUUCUGCUCUGGCUUUUGGAUGAUAGGGUUCCCCGAAUGGAUGAUGGCAGUCAGCUUCUCAAAGCCUUGAAUGUUCUGAUGCUUAAGAUCUUAGAUAAUGCUGAUCGGACAACAUCAUUUGUUGUGCUCAUCAAUCUUUUACGGCCUUUGGAUCCGUCACGGUGGCCAUCUCCUACAGCAAAUGAGUCCCUAGCCACUAGAAAUCAGAAGUUCUCUGAUUUAGUUGUGAAAUGUCUUAUCAAACUUACCAAGGUUCUCCAAAGUACCAUAUAUGAUGUUGACCUCGAUCGAAUUCUUCAAAGCAUUCAUGUAUACCUACAAGAACUAGGCAUGGAAGAAAUCAGGAAGAGAGCUGGCGCUGAUGACAAACCAUUAAGGAUGGUGAAAACUGUUCUACAUGAACUUGUUAAGCUUCGUGGGACUGCCAUAAAGGGUCAUCUUUCUAUGGUUCCUAUUGAUAUGCAACCACCACCUAUAAUUCUUGCAUACAUUGACCUUAACCUUCAGACACUGGCAGCUGCAAGAAUGUUAACUCCUUCUGUACCUGGACAAACUCAUUGGGGUGAUACCACUGCUAACAACCCCGCACCUGCAAACCAUUCUGAUGCUCAGAUGAAGCAAGAAUUGGCAGCAAUAUUCAAGAAGAUUGGUGACAAGCAAACUUGUAAGAUUGGUCUCUCUGAGUUAUAUCGAAUUACACAAUUAUACCCCAAGGUUGACAUAUUCUCUCAGCUGCAGAAUGCAAGUGAAGCAUUUAGGACUUAUAUUAGAGAUGGUUUAACACAGAUGGAGAAAAAUGCUGCAGCCGGACGGACUCCUUCUAGUGCGCCUGUGCCAACGCCUCCUGCACUGGACUUGUCUUCCCCAAAAUUCAGUCAUCUAUCACCUGCAAAUACAACCCCUGCUUAUGACACAAAGUCUGUGAAUGCUAAAGUUGAACUCGGACACUUCAGUUUGCCACCUUCAUAUGCUGAGGAGGAAAGGCCUAGUCACACCGUCCUUUCAACUGGUUCAACAUUGCAUCAAUCCGAAAUAAUGCGGCAGCAACCAGGGGAAUUAAGAGUUAGCGGUGGAACCCUGGAAGCUAUCAGGGAAAGAAUGAAAAGCAUGCAAUUAGGAGCUGCAUCGACUGGGAUUCCAGAUCCCGCAAAUCCCGGAAACAUGGAAUUCAUGUCCACGAACAACGGGGGUAUUACCCAAGGAGAUUUUAGUCAACAACAUGCUUCUGCCGCUGAUCAUAAGAGCGCAAGUGAGAUGUCCCAACAUAUUAGCACGGUCCUUCCCAUGGAUGAAAAGGCACUCUCGGGACUUCAGGCAAGAAUGGAGAGGCUUAAGAGUGGGUCUAUUGAACCACUUUGAAUCGAAGCCGUCUUGGUGUUAUUGCCACCCGUAUGUUUAUAUAUACUAUCGUAUAUAGACACACAUAAUCGUCUCUCAGAUCCUUUUGACAUAAUGAAGAGUAUCACCUAUUGAUCUGGCAGCGGAGUAGACUAGUGCUAUGCUUGAUGUUGGUUAGAAGGAUUGCGUUGUGUAUAUUGUAGCCUGUUAGGGCGGGUGGGGUGGGGUGUCAUUGUUUCCUUUGUCUUGAUUGUAUAAUAAUUAAUGAGCUUCAAAAUGGUCACCACGAGUCUUGCUAUCCAGUUUUGUAGUGAAUUCUACUAGAGUUGCUCUUUCCCAUCGCCUUGAUUUUGCCUACACAAAUGUUUAUAUCAUUAUAUUCUUACAAUGAAUCCUGAUUAUUAGUAAUGCCUCUGGCGAGGUAGUUCAUAUUUCAUGCUACUGCAUCUUCUGUUUAAAGACAAUACAUUCUGACAUUCGUUGAUAAUGUUAACGACGCAUAAUCACUUGCAGUCUUGCAAGUUGC